AUGUCAUCAUGCGUGUCAUCACCGUGUCUUAAUGACGGGAAAUGUUUUGAAACUCAAGAUGGAAUACUGUGUGACUGCUCCAAUGGGUAUUCGGGAAAAUUUUGUGAAAUUCAAAAUUUUUGUUCGGAUCCAAAUUUCUGUGAAAAUGGUGGAACUUGUUUUGUUGCUUCCAAUUCAACUGCAAUGUGUUUAUGUGCAAAUGGGUUUAAGGGCAAACAUUGUAAGAUUUUGAUUGACAGUUGUGAAGAAAGUCCAUGUCAGAAUAAUUCAACUUGUCGAGAUAUUGAUGGAAACUUUACAUGCAGAUGCAGAUUUGGUUUCAAAGGAAGAUUUUGUGAAAAGAAGAUCGACGAUUGUGAUUCUUCUACUUGUAAGAAUGAAGGAAAAUGUGUUGUUGAAAGUGGAAAAAUAAAUUCAUGCAGUGGAAAGAUCUCUUCAAUGAAUUCUUACACUGAAGAAUGGAAGAUUUGGCCGGAGAAUGAACAAAAUCAACUUCUACAAGGCAAAGGGGUUCUGUUCACAAAGUUGUUCAUGAACUGA